AUGGCGGAGCGCAGGGACGCCGAUGAAAACGAGCAGAACAGGAGAGGUACUGUGUGCAACAUGGUGAUCAAUCACGAGGACAACCCAGCCAGCUCUCGCGUUAGCCGGGCACCCAUCAUCUUUGACCCCGACUUUUUUGUAGAGAAGCUCCGUCAUGAGAGGCCCGAGGUCUUCCUGGAGCUGGUGCUCAGCAACGUCACACGUCUGAUUGACCUACCCGGAACAGAGUUUGCCCAACUUCUGGGAGAGGAGAGCCCUAAGACCACAACCAGUGGAAAUGGAGGCGGCUUCUUCCGCUCUCUUAACUUCCUCAAACGCAAAGAUAAAGGCGUAGUCUUUGGGACACCGCUGUCAGAGGGCAGCAUCGUACAGAUCUACCAGCUCAUUGAGUACCUCAGCAAGAAUCUGCAUGUGGAGGGACUGUUCAGGGUCCCAGGGAACAGUGUGCGUCAGCAGGCCCUGAGGGAGCUGCUGAACACUGGGGUCGAUGUCGACCUUGAGUCUGGGGACUUCCAUCCCAAUGAUGUGGCCACUCUGCUCAAGACCUUCCUAGGAGAGCUGCCUGAGCCCUUGCUUACACACCGGCACUUCCAUGCACACCUCAAGAUAUCAGAUAUGACUCUGUUUGAUGGGCAGGGCAACAAGACAGCAGUCCCAGAUAAGGAGCGUCAGAUCGAGACUCUACAGCUCCUCUUCCUGCUGUUGCCCCAAGCCAACCGCUCUCUCCUCAAACUCCUGCUGGACCUGCUGUACCACACGGCCAAGCAGCAGGACAAAAACAAGAUGUCCGCCUCCAACCUGGCCCUCAUGUUCGCACCGCACAUCCUCUGGCCCCGACAUAUGACGGCUGCUGACCUGAAAGACAACUUGAAGAAACUGAACAACACUGUGGCGUUCCUCAUCAAACACUCCCAGAAACUCUUUAAGGCUCCAGCCUACAUAAGGGAACACGCCAGGAUGCAGUUCACAGGGACCAAGUCUCUUCAGACCAAGGAUGAUAUGGAUCUCUUGGUGGUCAGCGGCUCACCGGUUCUGCGUGUGACCGUGCCAUUAAAGAGACCGGCUGGGUUUGGCGGAACCGUCCUAGAGCCAUCGUCCUCCCAGCAGCAGUUCCAUUCUCCAACCCAGCACCACACAGAGGAAGCCCUGAAGGAGCUUUUUAGAUAUGUCCACCAAAAUAUGCCUGAUUCCGCCAAGAAGAAGAAGCUCAUCCGACAGUUAGCCAAACAGACUACCGCCGGCACGCCCACCGAUGAGUACCGCCAGACCCCCCCAGGACCCAGCAGGAAACACCCCCGUUCGCGCUCCUUUGGGGGGCUCAUUAAGCGUAAAGCUCGCGGGGAGCAGCUCACAGACAGGAGAGCCAGGCACGUCUCCCCAGACGCCAUCACCGGUUCAACCCGAAAACCUGGCAAGGAGAACGUGAUGCUGCAGGCAGUGAACAGUCCGCUGAAUGGUCACUUCCUGGGGAAAGCAGGGCUGGUUAUCAAGAGCUCAGAUGUGGCUCUGAGUAAAACGAGAGCCAUGAAGGUCUCCAAGGACUCCCCGUCUGUCUCCAGGAUGUGUUUCUCCCCAGGCCAGGAGGUGUCGGUGUAG